AUCAGUCUGCAGCAGCAGCCCUCUCACAUCCUCACCGCCCGCAGAGGAUGAUGGAGAAAACCAGUCACAUCAACAUCGCAAUGAUAGAAGACAUCGGUACUAACGGGAUGGCCGUGUCAAAGGUCGGCACGGGCGUGGACGGGAAGAAACAGCGGUGCGGUUCCACCGUGAGCUUCCACAACAUCCAGUACAAAGUGCAGCAGCAGAGCGGCUUCCUCUGCAAAAGAAAGAUCCUCUCCAAGGAAGUACUGGUGGACCUCAAUGGGAUUAUGAGACCUGGUCUGAAUGCUAUUCUUGGACCUACUGGAAGUGGAAAGUCUUCAUUCUUGGAUAUUCUGGCUGCGAGGAAGGAUCCCGCAGGUCUGUCGGGUGAAGUUCUCAUUGAUGGAGCCCCACAGCCUCCAAACUUUAAGUGCCUCUCUGGCUAUGUCGUCCAGGAAGAUGUGGUCAUGGGCACCCUGACCGUGAGAGAGAAUCUGCGUUUUUCUGCGGCUCUGCGACUGCACGUCUCCGUGCCUCAGGUCGAGAAGGAGGCUCGAGUCAAUCACCUCAUUAAAGAACUGGGUCUCACCGAAGUGGCUGACUCCAAGGUGGGCACGCAGAUGACCCGAGGAAUCUCAGGAGGAGAGAGAAAGAGGACAAACAUCGGCAUGGAGCUGAUCAUCGAUCCUGCUGUCCUAUUUCUGGAUGAACCGACCACCGGCCUAGACGCAAGCACUGCUAACUCUGUCCUGCUCCUGCUGAAAAGAAUGGCGAGUCAUGGUAAAACCAUAAUUAUGUCCAUCCACCAACCUCGCUACUCCAUCUACAGACUGUUUGACACUCUCACACUGUUGGUCGGCGGUAAAAUGGUGUACCACGGACCAGCACCAAACGCUUUGGACUACUUUGCCAACAUCGGCUAUGCCUGCGAGGCCCACAACAACCCAGCUGACUUCUUUUUGGAUGUGAUUAACGGAGACUUCACCGCCACAGCAAUGACCAAAGUGCACGGCUCUGAAGAUUUGGACUUCGAGGAGCUCAGUAGCUCCAGGCAGAGCAUCGAGGAGCGCCUGGUGGAUGAGUACAGGAACAGCGGUUACUCCAGCAACACACGAGCCGAACUGGAACGCAUUGUUAAAGAUAAGCGCUGUGGGUCCCUCCCAAAGUCCCGCACCAUCACCUACAACAGCUCGUUCUUUCACCAGCUACGAUGGGUCCUUCACAGAACAUUUCAGAACCUCAUGUUGAACCCCCAAACAUCUGUGGCCCAGCUGGGAGUCAACGUUUUCCUCGCUCUCAUCGUGGGAGCCAUUUUCUUUGGGGUCAAAGAUGAUCAGAGUGGUAUUCAGAACAGGUGA